UAAAGCCCCACUCCAAACAGCAGAAUCUGCUGGUCGCCCUCAUGCAACUUCUCUACUUCUAACCACGCCUUCUUCCCUAUUCUUUCUGACUUGCCCGCAACGCUUCGUUGCCGUCCAACGAGCCUGCUCCCGGCGAGAAGAUGCGCAACUAUUCCAUUUUUCGAUGAGCCGGGUCUAGUUCCAUCCAGCGCAAUGGAGUCGCUCAGCGAAACAGUCUGGGAUGUCGUAAUUUGUGGCACAGGCCUGUCGCAGUCUCUGCUCGCCCUUUCUCUGUCCAGAUCCGACAAGAAGGUGCUGCACAUAGACCCCAACGAUUUCUACGGCGGGUCAGAGGCAGCCUUGAGCCUGCAGGAGUCUGAGGACUGGGCAAAGCAGCACGAGGCGCCAUCGGCCGCUGCCGCUCCGAGUGGGGCGCCGGCAGAGUCUCUGGCGACUUCGAUCUUCACGUCGGCACGCGUCACCAAGCCCGAAGAUGGCGUCGGCCUCUCGUUUGCACGCGCCUACUCCCUCGCACUGGCCCCCCAGCUGGUGCAUGCCCGCUCUCAGCUCGUGACCCAACUCGUUUCCUCGCGCGCCUUCCGGCAGCUGGAGUUCCUGGCCGUCGGCUCCUUCUUUGUGCUCGCACGUCGCCUCCCAGACGACGAAGCGGCCGCCGGGUCGCCGCACAAGCUCACACGCAUUCCCUCCACCCGCGAGGAUGUCUUCUCGGACGAUUCAAUCCCUGCCCGCGCCAAGCGGUCGCUGAUGAAGUUCCUCAAGUUCGUUUUGGAUUACAACUCGGACACCCAGACCGAGUUGUGGCGCGAGGAUGCGGACCGGCCCCUCGCCGGAUUUCUGGAGAGGCGCUUCAAGCUCGAUCAGGACCUCCGGGCCUAUGUCCUUACCCUCACCCUCUCACCCGACGGCGCCAUCACGACCAAAGACGGCCUGGUCAUCAUCCAUCGUCAUCUGACGUCGAUGGGCUACUUCGGCCCCGGGUUCGCUGCCGUAUACCCCAAGUGGGGUGGCGCUGGUGAGAUUGCCCAGGUGGCCUGCAGAGCGGGUGCUGUUGGUGGCGGCGUCUACAUGCUGGGCACCGGCAUUGCAAACAUGAGAACACCAUCCUCUGAAUCUGCUGAUGACGGAGAGAUCCUCGAGCUCGAUUUGACAAACGGGACCACUGUAAAAACAAAGCUGCUCGUCCGCGGUCGCGAGGAGGUCCCGGUGACGAACCACGAACCCAUAGAACGGGUUAGUCGCCUUGUUGCCGUCGUCAAUUCGCCCUUGACAUCGAUUUUUGACACUGUUGUCGAGGGAGCACCUAUCCCUGCCGUCGCUGUCAUUGCUUGUCCACCCCAAACCUUGGACGUGCCAUCAGAGGCAGCAUCGCAGGACUAUCCUGUCUACGCCCUCGUUCACUCGAGUGACACGGGAGAGUGUCCACCUGGUCAAACUGUAAUCUACCUUAGUACGCACACCACAGCACACGCCCAACAGAUUCUCGAGCAGAGCCUCACUUCCGUCCUUGCCGCUAUCAACAGCACCGAGGCUCCAAGGUGCCUGUACCAGGUCUACUACGAGCAGAGUAGCACCUCGUCCGCAGUCCAGGUGGAUGGACGGAUAGUCACAUUGCCCGCACCUUCUCCUGCCCUUGCCGUGUCGGAUGAGAUCCUCGACUCAGUACAUGACGCUUGGAGGGCUGCAAUGGGACCCGAAGCCCAGGCGCAUGAAGACGGGUACAUGAAAUUUGUUGAUCGAGAAGUUAUGGACGAUGACGAUGAUGUUUAAAGCAGAUAGCAGCCUUGGCAGUUAGCAUCGUUGAUGAUUUUAAUGGUGACCAGCGAUUUGAUUUGGGUUCUUUGCCCCAUCACUAGCUCCCUCGUGCAAGUUUGUUAUGUCCCUGUGUGUAGGCAAUGUAGCUAAGUGUCCUCCCCAACCAAGGUCAUGCAGUCGGUUGAUGAUCACCCAUUCCUUUCCAUCUUGAUAGCAAAUCGAACCCUCGCCACUCCUGUCAGAUCGCUCUCGCUCAUUAUA